GAUGGGGAGGGAAGAGGGAACGAAAGGGGAAAGCAAGACAAUCAGGCCUCCCAGCCCAACGCUUUGCACGCGUUCUGCUCGAAGCGUUAAGGCCGUGUGCAAAGCCCCCUUUUUUUUUUUUGCAUUUUUUUUUAUUUUUUAUUUUGAGUGUUGGGGUUUCGCGGUCUUUUGUCUUUCGUUCCGUCUGAAGCGUGUUGCCUCUCGUCGUUUGGUUUCGGCAUUUCGGCUCGACCUCCGCGCAAUCGUUCAGUCUACGGUCACUCGCCGAGUCAUCGAUCGUUAUGUCGGACAUUGCUUCAACUGCGAAGAAACGCAAGGCGAUCGACAUGGGCACGAAAUCUGCAAUCCUUCAGGAGCUGAGCGCAGGGGCGAAAAACGGCGAACUGUGCAAGAAAUAUGGCUUAUCGAAGUCCACCAUUUCGACGAUCGCCAAGGAAAAGGAGAAGAUCAUGGCAGCAAUGAGCAUGAAUGGUGACUGCAGUGCUCGAAAACGGCUGCGGCACGCCGCGUACAAAGACGUCGAAGACGCUCUCUUCAAGUGGUUUCUCGACGCAAGAACUAUGAACGUCCCCAUCAGCGGACCCCUGCUGCUUGGGAAAGCCAGGGACUUCGCGUUUCUCCUGAAUUUCACAGAGUUCAGCCCUGGAAACGGAUGGCUCCAUCGCUUCAAGGAGCGCCACGGGAUUGUUUACAAGUCCAUCGUCGGGGAAGGGGCAUCCGUGGACAUAGAGAGAGCGGAGCAGUGGCUUGCUGACAACCUGGACGAGAUCUACAGCUACAGUGAGCGAGAUGUCUACAACGCGGAUGAAACUGCGUUGUUUUACCAGAUGAGGCCUGUGCGUACGCACGCGUUAAAGGGCGACAAAUGCGUCGGUGGGAAGCACAGCAAGGUGCGGAUAACUGUGCUCCUGUGCUGUAAUGUAGACGGCAGCGACAGGCGCUUGCCGUUUGUGAUUGGAACGGCGAAGAAACCGCGCUGUUUCACCAACCCCCUGCCCGUACGGUACCGAGACAGUGCCAAGGCUUGGAUGACUCGGCAACUCUUUGCCGAAUGGCUCACGGAGCUUGACAAUGCCAUGGUCAAGCAAAAACGAAAGAUCCUGUUGAUCCUGGAUAAUUGCUCAGCUCAUCAUGUGAACCCACAGCUGAAUGCUGUGACUUUGAUGUUCCUCCCUCCGAACGCCACUGCCAAGCUCCAACCCCUCGACAUGGGGAUCAUCAGAAAUUUCAAAGUGUGCUACCGCCGCCGCGUCAUCGAAAGGCUGCUCAUCGCAAUCGGCCGACCAAGUGCGCGAGGGCCUCAGCUGACAAUUUCUCUCAUGAACGCAGUGGAAAUGCUGAAAGCCUCCUGGAUGGAAGUCAGGUCUGGCAGCAUCAAGAACUGCUUUCGAAAAGCUGGGAUUUCGUUUUCUCCUGCGGAGCAAUCUCCUGCGGAAGCAAGCCAAGACGAUGCGCAAAGCAUCGACUCGACCCUGUGGACCCAAGCCGUUGCUGCUAGUCUGACAGAGGAAGGGCAGACGUGGGACGACUUCGUUGACGCCGACGAAGAUGUCAUCGUCUCGGAGUGCGCCUCCGAUGAAGCUAUCGUGCGGGAGGUGCGGCAGGACAUCGCGGCGUCCGACGACGAAGAGGACGACGAAGACGACGUCGGCGAUGGGGUUGCUCCCUCACCUCCGGUUUCGACAGCGACGGCUUUGGGGCACAUAGCUUCGUUGAAGCAGCUGGUGUACGCACGGGGACUGAGCGAUGUUCACAUCGAUCAGCUGAGCAACCUGGAGAGCGCUAUAAUUGGAUCUGCACUGCGGAAGCAAACAGCGAUUACGGACUUCCUUGAAUAAACGCCAUGCACAUCGAUCGCAGGUGUUGCGCUUUCCAAUCCGUGCCGUGCAUACUUAUUUAUCUUGAAUUUUAAGGGUAAGUCCAUUUAUAACGAACUUCUCUUUGAGCGAACGCGUUUCGUGUUGUAGAAGGGUUCGUUGUAAGCGGGCUCG